UCUGGGACCACUGCUCGACUGGGAUCCUGGUGUGGCAACCUCACGAGGAGCGCUGACAAAGGCGAGCUGCCGCAGGAGCUCCUGGUCGUUCUGCUAGCGUUUCUGGACACGCCGCGCUACAUUUCCGGCGCGACGCCCUUCUGCAUGGAUCGCUCACUGCUCCGGCUGGCCUACAAAGUGGAGGACCGCGAGUGGCUGGUGCGUUAUUCGGCUGUUCAGGCGUUACCACAAGUCGUGGACACGGGCGAUGCGCGGGCGAUCGCG